GCCAUUAAGAGGGGAAAUCAAAUACACUGAGACCUCAGCUGACAUUCCUGCGCAUGAGUGGUGACCCAGGGGGAGCGGCCGGGGCGGGGCCUAAGCGUGGACGGUCAGCGCAGGCGCGCAUUUCGCUUAGUGCAGCUGUCGCCCGGAGGCACCUGGAGUAUGUCGGCCCCGUUCGAGGAGCGCAGUGGGGUGGUUCCCUGCGGGACGCCGUGGGGCCAGUGGUACCAGACUUUGGAGGAGGUGUUCAUUGAAAUUCAGGUGCCGCCAGGCACUCGCGCCCAGGAUAUCCGGUGUGAUCUGCAGAGCCGGCAUGUAGCGCUGGCGGUGGGUGGCCGCGAGAUCCUCAAGGGCAAGCUCUUUGAUUCUACAAUAGCUGAUGAGGGAACAUGGACUUUGGAGGAUAGAAAGAUGGUUCGUAUUGUUCUUACAAAGACAAAGAGAGAUGCAGCAAAUUGUUGGACUUCUCUUCUAGAAUCUGAAUAUGCAGCUGAUCCUUGGGUGCAAGACCAAAUGCAAAGAAAGCUUACAUUAGAGAGAUUCCAGAAAGAAAAUCCUGGUUUUGACUUCAGCGGAGCAGAAAUCUCAGGAAACUACACGAAAGGUGGACCAGAUUUCUCGAAUCUUGAGAAGUAGCUGCUGCUGUUUCGCUGCGUUCCGUGGACUCGAGCAGGUGUUGCCAGCUUGGUCAAAGAACAGAUUGUGUCGGGGAAGAAGAAUGUGGGUGCCUCCAGUUAACUAACUGCAAAAUACAUUUAAAUAUGGUUCUCAAGAUUGCAUUCAAAUAUGAUUUACAUAGGAAACAUCUUAAAUACUGUGGGGAAUAUUCUAUUGAUAUAAUGGUAACUUUUUUUGGACUUGUUUUUGCUCAGCAUUAAGUUUCAAAUGCUGCAUUUUGCUAGUUUCAUAUUUAAUCUAUAUUUUUAAUACAAAAACAGGUUAUAGAUCAUAUGAAAUGACAGGUUGCCUUCAGGGAAAAUUAAGUUUUUUCUUUUAAUAAGUGUGAUGCAAGAAUAAUACUAUUAAACUUUUCUAAAUAGGAAUUGUGUACCCCUUUGUCUAAGUAUACCAGUUCACACAAGGAAAUUAUAUUACUGAGAAAAAAUUUAGAAAAGGAAAAAAUCUACAAAUAUAUUCUGAGUAAGUUAAUUUUAACAGUUAAUGAAAGUCUCUGAAUUAGUGUAUUAUUUCCUGAGAGAUCACUUUAUGUCCAAAAAUUAAACAGUUAACUGACGAAGCAUUAGGUGAGGUGAAUGUGGUUACUGGGCAAGUGCACUAUGAGUGACAAAAACCAGGUCAUGGUCAGUGAUAUAAAUGGGUGACAUCAUUUGGGUAUUCAGUGAUCCAGACAUAGACGUGAGAAUUGUCUUUACAUUUUAUUUUAUCCUUUUUAUCUCCUUUUUAAUUUAAAAAUAAAUUUUAAACAAUUUUAAAUGUACAGAAAAGUUA